AUGGCCAGCUAUUUUGAGGACCUAAACAUUGCAGUCAACAACAAUCGAUCCAAUCGUGAGACUCGUAAUGUGGACCUUGACGACUUCAUGACACCUACUCCAUUACGUGGCAACGGUGACCACGGCAACAGUCGUCGUCAUGUCGAUCCCGCACACAACUUGCAGCAAUUGUUACAAACGGCAAAUUUUCUGAGUCAGUUUAGAGAGCAAAUGCAAGCAGUGGGCAACCAUGAUCAAGAGCAGUUUUUGGAUAACUUGGUAUCCCAAUUAUUGGAAGAAUCUCAAAGCCAAGCAAAGGGCCCGCCUCCUGCAUCCGAACGCUUUAUUCGAUCCCUCCCUGGCAUCAAGGCACAUCAAUUGGAUAGUGAAGAGACAUGCAUCAUUUGCAAGGAUAAUCUAAAGACAUCCGACCAACCAGUGACUAAGAUGCCAUGUGGCCAUUUUUUCGAUCGAGAAUGUUUGGUGCCUUGGUUGCAAUUACACAAUACAUGCCCAUUAUGCCGAUUCGAGGUGGAAACGGAAGAAAAAGUCAAGCAGGAAGAAGAAGAAGAGGCUAGAGAUAUGAUGUAUGGUUAA